AUGCGGCACUGCACUGGUACCAACCUCAGCGACGGGAACCAUACAGACCUACAAGUGACCCGCCUCAAUGCAGCUGGCCGAAGUAGCACGGUAGACUAUCACAACAGCCUCCUCGAUCAAGCCCGACAGCAACACGAGUCGGAGCAACCCCAAAGACCGCAUACGCACCAGUGCCAUCCGACUCAGAAUCACUCGCUUGGUUCGAUUCGACAAUGGCUGCCACUGUCCAACAUUAAGAGACAGCGAACCUCGGGAACCAGCGACAAUACAGGAAGGGGAUGCAACAAGAAGGCAAAGAAUGAGAAGGAUCACAACAACCGUGAAUUGGCGUCACCGCCACAUCCACAUCUCACCAAGAGAGAUAUCGAGGAAUUUGAGGCUCUUCCAGUAGCUAUCAGACGAAAGUACUUCUCCACCUUGGAACGUUUGCGUCUCGCUCAAACCUCUGGCAUCCUGGACCCCCCAUCCGACGCAUUCAGACAUCAUAAAUUCCGAGGAGCCUCGCUCAGCGGCGCUGCCCCCGGCAAGCCACUGGAACGUCCCACAACCGCUCCAUCCCAUCGGGGCCACGCAGCCUCUGUAGACUUGGCCUUCCUGGCCAGGCUUCCCGCCAAGGUUAGGGAAAAGCAUCUUAGUAGAGAAGAGCAGGUCGUCAUCGCAAAACGCUUGCGCCAGAGCGUUAUCCUUGAUGCUGCCGACGAAGCGUGUCUGAAGGCGGGCCGUCUUGCGAACAGACACCCUACCCCUCCACUUCAUUCACCUACCUUAUAUUCCUCGGCGCGGCCAAGCAUGGAGUCUUUGGCGAGCGAUAACGGUUCUCUCAAGGCGCACGAUGCGCUUUACGAUAGCUUUCGAUGGCUAGAUGAAGACGAAGAACUCGACCUCCGCCUCGCUCUUGACGACUAUCACGUGAACCUGAGAGAGUCUGUGCCUAUACCUCCUAAGGAAUCAAGACCUCCUUCGUUUCGUCGUCACUUAUCCUUUUCCAAGAUCCCAUUUGGGCGCCCGUCUAUCUCUUCGAGUCGGCCCGCAACAAAGGAUGCGGCACCUCCUACCGCCCCCUCGGCAGCGCCCAGUCCGGUCGCAUACCUGCCACCUGUAAGGCGAAAAUCCAGGGCUCUAUCUCUCAUCACGCCGAAGCAUGCCGCUCACGAGUCGAUUUCCUCAAUUGACCCUGGCGCGGCUCAUUAUCAGGAUCCCGAAGCGCGCUUAAAAUUACGAGUUUACCUGGCUUCACCCCAAAAAUUCGACGAAGCAAUAGAGUUUGGUUUUCCAUCAAAUGACCCUUCGUCAGCUGGUGCAUAUAGAGAUCUUCCAAGCGCCAAGGACCAAUCGCGCUUGAUGUUCUCUCCAGACUCGGAAAAAUUCAAGACGUUUCUCUCGGAUGAUCGAUCGUCUACUUAUAGCGAGGAUGCAUCACUGCCGGACCCGGAGUCACCCAGGACUCCAAAUACGCUAGAUAAGCAUGUGAAACCUCUUCAGCUGCCCGCCACCGAUGAUUACUCCUCGAGACCUUCGGAAGGUUAUGCGCAAGUGCCUGCAGCUUCCCGCGAAAUGACGCUGCGUAUGACGCUAACGCGACCGGAUUUACGAGCCUGCGAAGACCAAAUAUACGGGUGGCAGAAGGGAUCACGACAGUAUUCAAGUAAACCAGCUCAGAUUUUGGCCUUGCAGGACGAAUUGCCUACAUCUACGACUACGACAUACGUUAGGGAUAGUCCCAAAGACAGCAUAGAGAAGAUUUUCGCCGACAUCGACCAGGAGCUCGGCCCUCCCACCUCCACAGAUAACAAUGUGAUGAAGCGCAUCUGGAAUCGAGUGCGACGAGGCUAAGUAAUCGAGAGAACAGUAUGGCGGCCAGUUCUAACAAGGGCGAUCGGUCAAAAGGACGACUGGCCUUAGUUUCAUAAUUUCAUGGGCUUCCAGUUUGCCUCGUCGAUAUAGCCCUCAUUUUUAUUACGGCAUAU